UUAGGGGUGGGAAUAGAAAACAGUCAGAAGUUAUUCUAUCUUCUUUUCUGUGCUUGCCCGCCUUCAAUGAGCUGAAUUCAUUCAUAGCAGGACUCAGAAUGGAGGAGACGUUGCAACAAGAGAAACAAGAGUUGGAAUAUAAAAAUCCAAAUGAGGACCAAGGUGGGAUCCGUCGCAGAUUGCGGGACAGGGAUCUUCUCAGGAAGAGAAAGGCCGAAGCAGAAGCGAAGGAAACAAACCAGUGGGUUUUAGGGGUGGAGAGCCAGAAGAAAAGAUCAAGAGCUGACGAGAAGAGUGGCACAAAGAGGAGAGGGAGGCCCAGGAAGACUGAGCCCACGCCUGAAAUAUCUGUCAUUCAGGAAGAGGCAGCAGUUGCUCAAGAAGAUCCUUCAGUAGUGGUGGUCCCUGAACCUGGGGGGAUCAUCUCAGGUCAAACAUUGGGCUCUCUGACCCCCUUACUUGCUGUGGGAGGUGACACACUAGAGUCACAACCAGCAUCUGUUCUCUCUGCCCCUGCUUCUAUGCCCGUUCUUGGAUCUGCCCAAAGCUCUGUCCUCGCUCCUGUUCUGACUUCUCCAGCUCCAGUUAACCAGACUCCAGCUCUUGUUUCACCCUCAGUUCCUGCUCCAUCUCCCAUUGUUCUAGAUACGGCUCCGAUCCCCAUCAAAGAUUCAGCUCCAGUUCUAGCUCCAGAUGCUGUUCCAGUCCCAGCUCUGUCCCAAACCCCUGUUCCAGCUACAGCUCCUGCUCCUCCCCAGGCGGAGACCCUCUACACAGAGUCACAAGGCAUGGAGGUCCUUGACCAGGUCCUGAUUGAGGACUUAGGCCCAGAUGAAGAGGAAGACAUCUGUCCAUCACAAGACAAAAGAGCAGAUGAAGAUGUGAGUGAGACACCGUCGAUCAAUGUCCCUGAACAAAACAAAAUGUUCUCAGUUCCAACUUUGUCUUCUCCACCUCCGCCACAAGAAUAUCUCCCAGGAAAUUAAUUCCAAUUUCUUAAAAUACACUUUUCAGAUACUGCCUCAGUUCAGAACAUGAAAAAAGCCAGACUACUUACUUUUCUGACACAAUUUGUAUCUGAGUAUUAUUUUGGUUAAUGUGCGCAUAUACAUUGCUUAUUUGAAAAAAUGUAUGAAUUCAAACCAAACCUGUAUGCUUAUUUAUUCUUGGUGCUUCUUUGUGCUUCACUGCGAAGUUCCUGAAUUUUAUUUUGUUCUUUGCAUUUAGUCAAUAGCAAAUUGUGCCUACUUUUAUUUAAAAGUAAAAUGGUAUGAAUCAGUGAUAAGGAUGUAUUUGUAAUUGUGGAUUUAUUUGAUCGAAUUUUGUAAAAGUUGUUUUUCACCUAAUAAAAUAAACUGCUUA